AUGCGUUUGACAAAAUCUAUGAACGAAAACGCAUUGCGGGCGUACUAUAGGGCGAAAGGGGAAGAAACUGUGGGAAUAGCGUAUAGGGCUCGGAUACAUUGCUUUUUUGCUGACCUGGAACCUUCUAUCCCCGUCACGGAACAAAACCUGGCAGACCGAAUUCGGUACAUAAUGCGCUCGAAAAUAUUUGAUGAUGCCGAACUCGAACGACUACGACGUGAGGCUAUUCCAUCGUCGAAUGAAUCGGCUAUGGCUGGAGAUGCAGCUCCACAUCCGACAGACCAGCAUCCACAUGUGGAAGCCGCCAUGGAUCUUGUUCCUUGUUCCGCCAUGGAGUUGUGGUUGAUUCGAACGACGAUGAAAUAG